UGUGCUCUUAUCUAAAGGGGGACUUGAUUGAGUGUUGCACACAUCUUAUGGAUGUUAUGUAUGUUCGCUGCUGUGUUUCCGAUCAGCUGUUAUAACCCAGGAUUCAUCUUUCUGAGGCGUGUUGCCCCCCCCUGGUUUCCCCAAUGCUGUUCCAGCUGCUGCGCGCCCCCCUCUGCGGUUCCCCCUCAGUGUUACCUCGAUGCGUGCGGUUGCUGCGCAGCGCCCCCUGUAGGACGCCUGCGAUGCGCCCCCCGUCUCAGACCAGAGGCCUGAAGACCCGGAGGACCCGGAACCAGGAGGAGGAGUGGAGGAGCCGGAACAAAACGCUGCUGAUUUACAUCGCUGCCGCCGGCGUGGGGAUGAUCGGCCUAUCGUACGCCUCCGUGCCUCUCUAUAGGCUGUACUGCCAGGCGACGGGGCUGGGCGGCGCAGCGACGGCGGGGCACGAUACGGAACAGGUGGAGACGAUGGAGCCGGUGAAGGAGAGGAUCCUGAAAAUCACCUUCAACGCAGACACUCACUCCAGCAUGCAGUGGAACUUCAGACCGCAGCAGAGCGAGAUCUACGUUGUUCCCGGAGAGACGGCGCUGGCGUUCUACCGGGCGAAAAACCCGACAAACAAACACAUCAUCGGGAUCUCAACCUACAACGUGGUGCCUUUUGACGCAGGGCAGUACUUCAACAAGAUCCAGGUACUUAUACUUUAUACUUUAUAA